GAGCGGACGGGCUGUGCAGGACAAUGUUGUUGCCAAUUAAAGCAAAAAGUGCCUUAUGUUCGGGACCGAAAGAUCACUGAACGAGCCCGAGGGGUCCCGUCCGUGUGAAAUGAGACGGGAAGCCGGUCUGGUGCCCGGUGAGGCGAGAGGGUGCUUGGAUUAAUUGCUGCUUAUGCUGUUUCUCCGCGCCCUGACUUGAGCUCUGCGGCAGGUUAUAGGAGCUGAACCGGGCCGGGUAGCCCCUAUGGAUCGGCACCAUGGAUGCUUUCAGUUUCCCCUUUAGCAGCAGUGAUGAAGCUGCUGAGUCCUCCAGCCGGCCGGGGACACAUAUCCCCGGGCAUGGCCCUUUGGCGGCGGCGGCGGCGACGACGAUCCCGUCCGGAGCCGGAUACUGGACCGCCGUGUUUGAUUAUGAUGCCACCGCCGAGGAUGAGCUCAAUCUGCGGAAGGGGGACCGGGUAGAGGUGCUGUCCAAGGACUCGCUGGUGUCCGGGGAUGAGGGAUGGUGGACAGGUAUGAUCGAGGACCGAGUCGGUAUUUUCCCCUGUAACUACGUGAGCAGCGGUAACGGCAUCACGGAGAAGAUCCGGGACACGCCAGAGGAAUACGUUGAUCAUUCGGUGCCUCAGUUACACCUGCUGCAGAUAGACUUCAGUGAGUUGGUCCUGGAAGAAAUGAUUGGAGUUGGAGGUUUUGGUAAGGUGUACCGUGCCAUUUGGAAAGGCAGGGAGGUGGCGGUGAAGGCCGCUCGUGGGAACCCAGAUGAGGAUGUGUCUCAGACACUGGAGAGCGUCCGUAAGGAGGCCAAGCUCUUCACCAUGCUGAGACACCCCAACAUUAUGGGCCUUCUGGGCGUGUGCUUGCUGGAGCCCAACCUCUGUCUGGUCAUGGAGUAUGCCCGCGGUGGGCCACUCAAUCGGGCACUAGCUGGGAAACGCAUCCCUCCACACACGCUGGUGGACUGGGCGGUACAGAUUGCACGUGCCAUGCUCUAUCUUCACUGCCAGGCUGUUGUACCUGUCAUCCACAGAGACCUGAAGUCAAGCAACAUUCUGAUUCUGGAACACGUGGAGAACGAUGAUCUGAGAAACAAGACGUUGAAGGUGACAGAUUUCGGUUUGGCUCGAGAGUGGCACCGGACCACAAAGAUGAGUGCGGCGGGGACGUACGCCUGGAUGGCUCCUGAGGUCAUCCGCUCCUCAACCUUUUCCAAGAGCAGUGACGUCUGGAGUUAUGGGGUCUUGUUGUGGGAGUUGCUGACAGGAGAGGUGCCGUUUCGUGGCAUUGAUAGUCUGGCAGUAGCUUACGGUGUGGCCAUGAAUAAACUGUCUCUGCCGAUCCCCUCCACCUGCCCCGAACCGUUUGCCAGACUUAUGGAAGACUGUUGGAAUGUGGACCCUCAUGCACGUCCCCCCUUCACUAGUAUUCUAGACCAGCUGACAGCUAUCGAGGAGUCUGGCUUCUUUGAGAUGCCAGCAGAAUCCUUCCAAUCCCUACAGGAUGACUGGAAACUGGAGGUGCAAGAGAUGUUCGACCAGCUCAGAGCCAAAGAGAAGGAGUUAAGAUCCUGGGAGGAGGAACUGAGUCGUGCGGCUCUACAGCAGAAGUACCAGGAAGAGGCUUUACAACGGCGUGAGCAGGAACUGGCGGAGAGAGAGAUUCACAUCUUGGAACGAGAGCUCAAUUUCAUCAUUCACCAGCUGUACCAGGAGAAACCACGAGUGCAACACCGGCACGGAAAGUUCCGGCGCAGUCGACUUAAACUGCGCGAUGGGAACCGCAUCAGUCUGCCUUCAGAUUUCCAGCAUAAGAUCACAGUACAAGCAUCACCAUUUUUGGAUCGAAGGCGGAGCCUUCUGGGCAGCAACUCCACACCCCCAAACAGCCCUCCUGUUUUGCCACGCCUCCGCGCAAUCCAAUUGACCCCUGGAGCAGGAGGUCCAGCCUUGGGUCAUAACCCUGUGUUCCAGUGUGAUGAAGAGGAGGAGAGGAAGACUUUACGGAAAAAAGGGAGAACACACCGAGAACACAGCGCUGAUGAGAGUUUGAAGACACCUAAAGAGGGCAAUCGCCAGCGGUCCUGCAGUGCUCCAAACCUGCGGCGCUCCCCCAGACACAGUCCUGCAGUACCAGGAGUGUCCAGCCUGGCUGAGACAGAAUAUGAGGACUGCUGCUUUCCAUCGGAGUCAGCUGACUCUCCGGGCCAGUCAUACCUCUGCAUACCAUUCCAUAGGGAUGCACCUGCUGCAGACAGCUACUGCACAGAGAGCAGCACGACUGGUAUGGCUUCUGAGGUGUUCCCCAGUUAUACGCGACGGAGCCCAAGCAGAAAUCGUAGAUCAGAACUGGUGUUGUUAGGCUGUGGAGCGGCACUGGCUGCUAUUGGUUUAGGUCAUAACUUGAUGGACCUAAUACGUAUGGAGGAGAGUGUACGUCCACGAUGGGAAGGUCUGUUUCACCGUACCUGCGGUCAAAGUCGUGGCACCAGCCCACCCACACGCAAACUCUUUAAACGGGAAAGCCCUCAACGCCCUCCCCCUCUGCCCUCUUCUUUAACACUCCUUUCUCUCUCUUCUGUCUCUGACUGUAACUCAACCUGUUCUCUCCUCCGCGCCGAGAGCAAAGAGUUACUCGUACUACGCCCACCUACGCCUCUGGGACAGACCCUCCCUCCUAUUAACCCACUGGUCAACACCCACUUGGAGAGUUUUAAACGGCACCCUCGUCAGUCUCUCACACCUACACAUGUGCCCUCUGCGCCCUCUGCAACCUGCAGGCUUCAUCGUACACCUUCAGAUGGUACAAUAAAGAAGGGUAGCCCACCUGCCUGUACCAACCACAAUCUCACCCCUACCAUGCCCUCAAAAACAACACAGGAGCACACAGUGCAACAUAACUGUGCAGUCCCAUGGAGCUUAAGUGAGGACCCCUCGGAGGUGCCCCGUCUGCCUGACCCAAACCUCAUUUUCCCACCUACACCACGUCGUCGCUUCCAACCUGAGCGCCCCAAGACUCUCAACUUCCUGGCUAGGCCUCGCCCAUGUCCACGAGCUCGCUGUGGAUCCCAGUGGGGUGAAUCUCCCGCCCACACCUCCAGCACUGAAACCCCAUCCACUGUGGAGUUUGGAGGAGGUUUGGCCAUCUUGCCCACUCCAAUGGAACCAACCCCCUGUUCCCCUUGGGUGAAUGCCAGCCUUUUGGGCCAGCAGGAUGAAGGACAAUGUAGGGAUGGGACCCGGCCUCUCUCAUCAGACCUCAGUUUAACCCGAGACACACCUCACAGAGUGCGAUCAGGGUUUUUCUCCUGACUGCACUCUGAUAGUCAUUCUUCAAAACCGAACUUCACACACAGUGACGGAUAUUAAAGGGAUAGUUCACGCAAAAAUGAAAAUUCUGUCAUCAUUUACUAACCCUAGUAUUGUUCCAAACCCAUAUGACAGCACUACUCAACAUACUACUCAACAUCUUUUGCGGCCCUCAUUAUGAUUUCCAUUUUCAAGAGUAACGCUACAGAGGAACAAAGAAAGUUAUAUGGGUUUGGAACAACAUGAGGAUAAGUUAUUACCAAAUUUUUAUUUUUGGGUGAACUAUCCUUUUAAUGUUUCUCACAAAUUCAGACCCACAUGGUUUCAGAUGUAGCACUUAGACCAUCGGUACAGACAGGGAUAGGAUCUAAAUUACAUCCACUGUUGAAUAGAAAGGUAUAAGCUGACUGCCUCUACGAGAGUUCUCAUUAUACAAAUAUAAUUAUAUUAGGAUGGUUUUACAGAUUUGAUACCUUGAUAUGGGUAAAUUAUGCACACACAUGUGCUUGGUUUUGUGCUUUACUGGUGUUUUCAUCAGUGAAACCAUGUAGAUUUUAGAAAAGGUUUUCAAUAACGGCUCUUAAUAAUCAUUUAAACUCCUGGGGUCUGAAUUAUGUAAUAGUGCAGUUUUGAUAAGCUCUUCUUCAUUAAACACUAAGGUCCAGGUGUAAUAAGCUAUUGUACAAAACAAGCCAGUUGCUUAUUAAUGGGCGGACUGAUUUCCGAGUCCUUUAGAAAAGUACAGGGUCUGCAGCUUUAAUUUUGAAAGGCAUUUAUCAGAACACUUUUAUAUUCGUAAACUCGUUUUUUUGUUCAUAUUGAGUGUCCUUAUGCACUGUAUUAAAUUCCGGUCAGUAUGUAUGUACAUAUGUCUGCAUGUUUAUGGUAGAAUUAGGACCUCCCUGAAGGCUAGCUAAGAUGUUUUGGACAGUUUUCAGGAUUUAUUUGUCAUACAUGGAUGAGAUUGUACACCUUUAGAAGUGCUUUUUUUCUGGUCUCAUGAAUGUAUAUUUUUGUCAUAUUUACACUGUCCAAGAUCACUGAUUGUUCUGUGGUUUUUCAAUGUAGCAUGAAGCACAUAGUCAAUCACAAAUAAUAUGCUAGUUUAAAAACAAUGCUAUAAAUUCUUCAUUAUCCAGAACUCAGUUGCCAGAAUUGAACAUCUUUAAAAUGAAUUUAUUGGCUCUAAAUUGAUACUAACAAUAGUCAGGUGCAUUACUGCAGUCUUCCAGUCGUGUGUGUGUGUGUGUGUGUGUGAGACAGAUGUACAUGCAUCAUGCAUAUGUGUGUUUCCAUCUAAUUGAAGGAUUCCAUGCUGUUUGUCUAUUGAAUUUCUUUUGAGAUUUUUUAGAUGCAUUGAAUUUGUUUUGCAAUUUUAUAAGGUGCAUAUCUUUUGUGCAAUAUUUGUUAUACAUUUUCAUGUGCACAUCGAUAUUCAUUUCUGAAUGUAUUUAUUUGUUUAUUUUGCACAUUGCUUUUUUAUAUUUUGUGAUGAAACUGAUGAAAUGUUUCUGUCUGACUUUCUGAACAUGCUCAGACAUGCAGAUGUGAACAUUCUUUUGCACACAUGCACCUCUACAUUGAGGUUUACAGCAGUGUUGUCUGCUGUGUCUCUCAACCCUUAAUCUUUCAUCUCUGUACUUUCAGAAGUUCCUUUAGAGAGAAAACAACAUUUGGAGCCAAAACACAGAGCAUUUGUUUGUCUUCCCCUUUCUGCCACUUAAGACCUGCUUAUACAUAAAAUUUCAAAAUAAUUUCUCAUGUGUUCACCUAAACAAAGGCCUGAGUCCUGAGUCCUACAGAGUCCUGAAAUUUCUGACAGUUGACUUAGGAUCCGGGAUCGCUUGCAUCAUUCCAUCUGAAUGUGAUAUAUUUUUGUUUUUCAGGCUUGAAGGAAUGUGUAGCCAAGAUGAAGAGCAUCUGCUGUCAUUUAUUAGCACAAUUACUGCUGUCCUGGAGAUCUGGGCAAGUGUUUUGGGUUCUGAAGCCGCUGCUAUGAAACUUAUAUUGCACCCAAGCACAUUAGACUCAUGAAAGAGCUCAAUUAAAGCCCUGAAAUGAUGAAGUGUGGUGUUUUGUGAUUGAUGUCUUAGUACUGGAAAUUGUGGGCAAAUAUUAUUAAUGUCUUGAGAUGAGAUGGAGUAUGAUGAAGAGCAUGUAACGAAACACGACGAUACGUCAUGUUCACUUAUCUCUUGGUGAGCUCAUUAAAUUGAUUUGGGAGCAACAGU